UCAGGAUUGUCCCUGAACCCCUAAAUAACACGGGUCGUGUUUUGUAAAUACGGCGAACACACAUGUGCUGUAUUUACCAGAUGCUGAGGGCAAGGGUAAGCUUGCGUAACGGUAUGUUAGCCGCUAACGUUACGCAGACCCUACUAAUGUACGCGAGUUUUACACUGGAUUAACAAAAACAGCAUUUCUUUAUCUCACUGCUUUCAAGCAAACCGCCUAUGUGCUGAUAGCUAGGGCACGCACACUUCUAUUGACUUUUCUACACCCAUACACAUUAUGUUCCAAUAGACCGAUGUAUUGGGCCAGCUAGCCACAUGUUCCAAAACUGGCCCCGCAACGUUUCAAAGUUCACUGUUCCCUUUCUGUCCGCCCAUGCGAAGUUAAUGAUACUUGAAGUGUUCGCUUUGAGUGUGUUAGGUUCGUAUUCUGUACAUGAAAUUGAUCAUAUGAGAAUCAGUCAUUUUUUUUGUUUACAGUUUUUUGAAUCGUUACAAGAGAACCAAUACAAGGGAAAGAUAAAAACAGCGGUCGCUUUUAGUUGUGUCAACAGUGAUGUUGACGUUUGUAUGGGGACAGUUCUCAGCGGAUCGUGUCGGCUCGGAUAUAUACCAUUACUGUACUAUGCUCAUCGAUCUUGUACUAUGGGUAUUCGCAUAUCGACCGGACGCUAGAGAUGAUACAUCGUCAUGUAUAUAGAUCACCGCGUGCUCCAUCCUCACUCUCCUUAACUAAAUAGCACCCGAAACACCGAAUCGUUGCACGUGCGAACGACAAAGCGGCGAAAGACGGAUAGAAAGUCCAAUGUUUGUGUCUGAAACGACUGGUACGACAUCGUCUGAUCAUAAGAUACAUAUCAGCUGUGUUGAGAUAGGGCAAUGUAGAUCGCUACACUAUAGCUCGGUCGGUUGGUGAUGCUGAAGUGAUGGAUACAUAUAGCUCUACUCAGUCAAGCGCCACACUGGUACUGAAAUGCGCUGACUGACGUGCAUUGGCGCGUAUUCUAGUGUGUUGAUACCCUUACAGAGCCUCAGGAGGGUUAAUGAAUGUCAGGCUCGACAGUUACUCUCGUGCAUGGCCAGUGGGGGUACUCACAAGUAGCCACGCAUCGGUCAGGGAGAACGCUUGAGCGAUAAGGUUCGGGCAUUCCAACAGUGAAACUGGAGCUUCGAAUGAAGGGCCUGGGUGUCGUCUGCCGAAUAUGUGAUAUGUGACAUACAUGUGCGCGUGCAUGUCCGCUGAUGUGCAGUGUUCGUCGCACGGUAGAAAAAAAUUCCACUGGAUUUAUUCACCCAUAGUAUUUUCCAAUAACAAAUAUGGCAGCCCCGUAUAUGUGGGAGAAACGACUCCUUUAUUCCUCAACGGGCGGGACACUUUUUGGCGUUUUGCUCCACAUUAUAGCCGUCUCUACAACUCACUGGCUUACGUUUGAGAUACCGGGCGGGCUCUAUGUCAAUGCUACAGGCAGGGUCAUCAGCGAAGUUCAGAGUGGCCUUUGGCGAUCUUGUAAAACGGAAUUUACCAUAACAAGGGACUCAAGCAAUCAGAUUGUCAGGAAUACAUAUGAGACAUGCGUCCGACAUAAUUUGUUCCCAACUAAUACUGAGCUUCACAGGGACAAGUCUACAGACUUCCAGUAUCUCGAUUAUAUGAGGACUGGCUCUGCGUUCGGGAUUAUCGCCCUCCUCGUGAUGGUUCUAGGACACAUAUUUGCAAUAUAUACCCUGAGACGGCCGCGCUAUAUCCUAAAGAGGCUGACCGCUCUUAUGCACCUAAUGACAGCUGCUUGUGUGUUAGUGGAGAAUGAAGUUUUCAUAAGACGAGUAGAAUACGCCGACACUCAUCUUCCGGAACGAAUUCCAAAUAAGGCGAACCACGCAUACGGAUACUCAUUUGUGUUGUCAUGGAUGUGCUUUGUGUUCUUCGUCAUCGCUGGUAUUGUCUUCCUGCUGACGUCACACAAACGGAAAGCAGAUAUGGGAGACAUAGAUGAUACGGGUGCGGAGGAGGACGAACCGGUAGCCAUUCGUCGGUAACAUCAGUGUAUCUUCAAUACAUCGGAAAUCAUUGCUGGUAACAGGUGAAUAUCGCCAGUACAUCCGGGUCUUAUUUCUGUGAAGUUCUACGAUGCAUAUGUAUAUAUAACAAAGCAUACACCUCACAGAACCAAGUCACGCGCUGUCACGUACUGUUUCGGCGAUCUUUAAAAAGAAAUGUCCGAAAUGAUACACCAAGGUUGCGAUAUCAAGAAAAUAUGACUAUGAAAACUCAGAUGCCUUGUGAGAUUGUUCGGAUCACCUCGCCCUCGUGAUAUUUUAGAGACUGUUCGAUACAGUCGGAUCACCUCGGCUAAUUGCAGUUGUUUUCAUCUAACCCCCAUGUUUGGACUAAGACAUUCCGAGUGUGUCUGAUAAGGACCGUGCUCGAGGACCCUCCGACUUGCGGUUUGGUCGCAGCAUGUCCGCCAAGUCUUGACCACCCACUACUUUUCAAAGUAUCCUGUGCGCAUGUUUCAAAAUGCAUUGGUUCUUCCCAUUAAAUUAACAAGUACAGGGCGCGUAUCGUUGGAUAAUCUAUAGCUAAUGUACCUCGCAAAAAAGUGAUUAAGAUAAUAUUAAACAGAGGAACAUUUACCAUGUAAGGAAAACGUGGUCAGAAAUAAGAUCUUGUCCCUCCGAAGUAAAACUGUUAUGAUCAGCCCGGUUCUUCCGGGGUGUAGCUGUCCAUUCCUGAUGGAUAUAUUUUCACGACCAUAAGUAAUUUUAACUGAAAAGUUAUAAUACAUGGCGUUUAUUAAUGUUCACCAACUUAAAUCAAUGCUUGCUGCAUAUAUUGCUUCCAUAGAUAAUGCAAUACUCGUAAAUGACGCCGAAGAAUUUCUGAAAGUAUGGGAAGAUGAUUGCUCGCUUAAAUAGAGACACUUUGCAGAAUGUCAGUGCUACGCUCUAGCUUCGGUCUCUCAAAGACAAUGAACACCUGCUGUAUCAGGGAGGCAAACCCCAUUGUUAAUCAUAUAUGGAACCAAGAUAACUGUUUUACACCUGCUCAAUACUUUUGAUUAACGACUUACCUGUUAUUCUUCUGAACUUUUAACGACAUUUUGAUUGACGUUUGAAAUGUGUCACUUUUAAGAGCUUUAUAUAUAUAUAUUUUUCCUACCAUGACGUUUGCGGAUUUUGACUGCCUCACUCACCUCGCUUCGAUGUUUUCUUAAUUUCCCGAAAAUAAUUUUGUAUUAGUACGGGUUAUGCUUAGAAGUGUUACAAUCCCGUUUCAUUUGUAUGGUAUUUAGUUUAUAAGAGACAAAAAUUGACGGCAUGAAAAUACAUGUAUUUGUAAUGAAUGGAAUCCAUCCAAAUUUGGAAGUUUGGAUUGGGAACGGCUGCCGUUGACAAUAUGAACCGUUGUAUCAGCAAAUGAUCAGAAAACGCAAUUCCAAACAUCAAGAUUCCCCCCAAGAGAAGUGAGAGAAAGUGUUAUUUUGAUUUCAACUGUUUGUAUGUUUUUCUUUAAUAAGAUCACGAAAGGAUCUUCGUACCACUGCAAAACCCUGUAACUUUGCAUUUGAAAAAAACCUUGCAGAACUUUUACAAAAAUAAAAGGAAGAAAAGGAAAAAGAAAAAAAAAAUGUGUCCUGUGUGUACAAAAUCACGAAACAAUCUUAAGACUUUCAUUAAAGUUUUUGCUUAACCAAUCACAUAUGACAUAACUUUUCAUGACGUUAUCUGUGAUUGGUCAAGUUCAAAUUUAAGACAAUUUUAGACUAAGAUAGUUUCAUGAUCUCGGGGCCAGGAUUCGAACCUUGAUCCUCCGAUCCAUACACUAUCGCACUAAUAAGCUGAGCUACCUGGUCAGCAGAAGAUGUCUGGCCCAGUAGAACUACAUUGAUAUACCAAACGACAGUAAAGGGAGGUAACUGUAUGUACGUUAACAUUACUGUGGAACUCUCUAGUGUUUUCCUGCAGUGGAACGAUGAUCCUUAAUGAUUUUCUAUUUAACGUACUUAUAACAAAUGUAUGGAAAUAUGAUUGAAAUUAAAUUUACUGGGUUUACCCAUAACGUAUAAAGGGAUUUUACCUCAGGCACCUUACUCCUUAGGGUUGUUUCUACAAUCUUUAUUUGCCUUUUAUCAUAUACAUAUUUGUGACUGUUUAUUGGGCUAUGACAUGCAUUUCACACAUUUCACAUCGCCACACUGUGGCCUAUAAAGGGCCAUUCAGAUUGUGUUCGUUGACCAUCUUAUGCUCUUUCCCAAAGUUUGCUUUAAGGCUUCAUCAACUCGUUCCUUGUGAACUAACUUAUUAUCAGCGACUGUGCCCACUAUGCCAGAACGAGAGGAAAGCGAGGGAGUGCUGCGUCUAGUUUCCUUGCAUAUUUUAUUAUUUGGUGGGUGAGCGCCCAGUCUAGUUUGAACGUGUAUGUUCACCUGGAGAGCGAGAUGUGCAAACGCCAGCUCCAAUUUGCCUGUUUGAACUUGGAGAGCGAGAAGUUUCACACGGCGAGUAUGCGCUCUCUCCAUUUUUCCUGUAUGUACUUAUUUGGAGAGCGAGAAGUGUCACACGGCGAGUGUGCGCCCUUUCCUAUUUGACUGUAAUAUAUUUACUUGGUGAGUGUCUUCCGAUUCCUUUUCUUCAACUGAUUUGAUAUGUUACAUGUAUUUAUGCCUUAAGUUCAACACCUAUAUACAAACUGUUAGAAAUGUUGCUAUUUCAUGUCGAUCACUGUGUAACAAACAGUGAACAGAUUUGUACAUUUUGUAUCACCGUAUGCCAUCUGUGUAUGAUGCUUUACACACAUUCUUCCAAUAAACUCCGCAAAUCACAGACGGGGUCCAGAACUAUUCUUUAACCUUUUAUGAUAAGCAUGCAUGCUGUUAGAAAACUUUACGCAGAUUUCUCUCUAGAGUUGUAAUUCAGGAUGUAUACAUGAACUAAUUGGUGUUUGUCGGAGCGGAACCGGAAGUCGCCGUAAAAAGACGUCAGCCAAAAACUGCCAAUAUUUCAGACAACCAAUAUACACUAGCUAAAAAAUACUUUGGGAGAAAAGGAUAAUUUUCAUUCCUUUCUCAUUCAUACCUUUGGGAUGUAAUUAAACCAAUUUUAACCUGAGUUGAAGAUUUUUUUGUGGACAUCUAACCUGGUGUUGGCAUUUUGUCAUGAUUUGGCCCGUUUUUGGAGAAGAUCACGAUAUCUCCUCUACUCAUUAAACGUCUUCUGAACACAUACUAGUAGAAUCUACUCUUGUGUAAUGUAGGGAGACAAAUUUCAACCCGAUUAAGGCUCUGCCGAGUGCUAAACUUCAAAAGUCUUAUAUCCCGAGGGUUGAAAUUUUUUAAUCUUCAUCGCACAGGACAGAUUCAUUAAUUUUCUCCCACACAAUACGUUUUAACACAUUCACCCCUGAAAACAACAUUUGAUCGCUUCCAUUUCAAAGGUUGGAAUAGUUUAUUAUGAAAUUUCAGGGGAGAAACGGUUAAUGAUGAACCCAUUGCCCUGCAUUACAGCAAGUGCGCAUGACAUGUUUGACAGUAUUGAUGACGUUACCCUGGUUACAGUACAUACAUUGUAAACUGAUGUCGCGAUGGUGACGUUUGUUGAUGGAAGUGCACCUGUGAAUUGUGGGGGGGAAAGUCUUCUUUUUUUUUUACUCAGAAAAUUGCCUCCUCUUAUCAACAGAUACCAAAUGAAUUCAAUUUUCUAUGAUAACGGAUUUUAUGUUUUGGCAACAAAAAAUGAUUUGCUACCACAAGAGAUCGAAUCAUUUUAAUAUGGUUUUAGCCAUUAGUCCAAUGAAAACUGAAUUACGGAAUUGUGUACAUUAUUGUUUCAAUAUUUGUUAUUUUCUUUAUUAUUGUUUGUAUUUUAAGCAGCAAUGAUGCUAAACGUUUUAAAUCACUUUUCCAGGAAAGUGCGUGUUAAUUACCCGUAAAUCGAGCAAACAUUCUUACGUUCUAUGUAUGCAAUCCUCUUUCUAUCCAUAUUCACUUCUAUUCAAAUUCAGUGUGAAUACUUUCUCGAUUUGCAGGUAAUUUACGUCACGAAAACAGUAGUAUUUUGUACGAAUCGAAGAUUUUAUUCAUCUUUGAAUACAAUUCUCAAUGUCUGCGAUAACUCUUAUGCGUGUUUAAUCGUACAAAAAUAAGAAAAACCAUUUUGUAAAAAAUAUCUAAGUUUGCAAAUGACUUAACAAAGAGCACAAACAGAAAAAUGGCUUUUGUUAAUAAGCACGAAAGGAUCUUUUUUGUAAAAUAUAGAACGUAAAAAAAAAAUUAAAAUCAUAAUUACAAAUGGUUUUGUUUACACGUAUACGUGCUUACAAUUAUACUUACAUUUACGUGUAAACGAUUUAAUUUUUCUUCAAACUGAUGUGUAUGCCUAUACAGUUUUGUCUCUUAACUUGCUGCACGUGCUUUUUUAAUUUUCCAUUUAACUACACGUACGAUAUUUGUUUUACUACACAUGUGAUAUAAUUUCUCGUUCAGUGUUUAAGGUAAACAGUACAACAAUGCUAGAAUACUUUAUUACUAUUAUGAAACACUGGUUUACAAAAUCUGUUUAAUUUUUUUUCUACAGAAGCGUCUAUGCAAAUUUCGAAAACAAAAUAAAAACAAAUAUAGCCUUAAGUACUGGGGAACGUUAUAUUGUCAAUCAAAUACUUUACUAUUACCAAAGGAAAUAACUCAGUCUGGAAAAAAAAUAAUAUUUUAUUGCUUCAUUUGUGUGCAUAUUUAAGGGAUAAUAUAUAUUAAAAUAUGUUAAAUAUGGUACUCUUCUUCGCGUUUAUAACUGAUGCAUUGGUACGCUUCACCUUAUUUGAUGUUGAAUACGAAUACACCUUCAUGCGGUUAAUCACGUGAUGUCCACGUGUCUCGACACGUCAGCGCAUUUUUUUGUUUUUUGUUUUUACAUAUCAAGGAUCCAUAUUCUACUGCAGUAACUUUGCAUCGGAUAGUUUUUUCCUGGCAUGACUUUAACUUUGAUAGAUUAUGUCUGUAAAGAAAACUUACCUAUCGGAACUUUGAUGAAAAACGAUAAACAUAAGGUAAACAAAGAAAUCAACAACAAUGCUGUUGCAACGAAGCCAGACCGAGGUUCGAACCCAGGGAAGUAUCUGGGCCAAGUCGCGCUACAGUUAAAAUUUUACAUAUGGAACGAAAUUAAAGGGAGGUCACUGUAUAUUUAAAAACAAAUACUACAUUGGAAUUCUCUUAUGUUUUUUUCUGCAGUAGGACAGGGAUCCCUAAUGUAUUUUAGAACAGAUACGCCGUCAUGGCAGGGUAUGUAUUAUGGUUAUGGCGAAAUAUGUUAAGCAAUUAAUGUACGUCACAUUUUUCGCGACAUUAUUUAUUUGUAUGUUGUUUCCACGGUACGGCUCUCUUCCUUCGAACAUAAUUCUGUGUGUUAACAUUGAUCAUAACUAACGAUUAUUUUAUAUUUUGCAAUAAAAAUCUGAUCCCUCAUAUAUAU